AUGUCCGGUGAAGAAAAUCAUUCAGCUGAUGAAUCAAAUAACAAACCAUUGAUCGCUGAAACAAAAAUUUGUUCAAUUUGUUUAAUAAGUGGAAGUACAGAUGACAGUGAUCCAAUUGUUUAUUGUGAUCGAUGUGGAGUUAUUGUCCAUGAAAGUUGUUACAAUGCAGAUACAUUAGACGAUAAAUCGUCGGAUUCAUCUUCACCAUCUGAAUAUUGGUUUUGCACUCCAUGUUUAGCUCAUAUUGAUGAUCCGACGUGUGCUUUAUGUCCAAAUCGAGAUCGUUGCAAUGCAUUGUGGCCAACAUUAGAAUCCAGUUGGGUUCAUGUUAUUUGUGCAAUUGGUGUUCCUGGAGUAUUAUAUUAUGAUGAACUUUAUUAUACACCUGUGGAUCUAUCGAAUAUUCCAGCACAAAAAUUUGGAAAUAAACCAUGUCAUGUGUGUGAAUCGAGAUCAGGUGUGACAGUGUCAUGUGAUGCGGGUUUAUGUCCAAAUGCAUUUCAUUUAUCAUGUGCGAAUAAGAAUGGAUUGUUGCAAAUCAGAGGAGAUGUGUCGAAAAUCGAAUGUGAAUUGUAUUGUGUGACGCAUCAAUCGUCAUCCAAUACGUAUAAAAAUGUUCAACGAAAUUAUACGAUUUGUGAAGUUCAACAAAAGCAAUUGGAUCAUCGAAAUGAUUUAAAAGAAGAUGUUUGUCGAACAUUAGAAGAUUAUUGGGUAAUUUACAAAAAACGUAGCGAAACAUUUCCACGUUUACCCAAACCAACGAAAAGUCAUGUCGCACGAUCAUUGAUGGUUGAUCCAAUUGCAUUGAAAGAUUUCUUUGAAAAAGCUCAACGUCUUCGUCCGAAUCAAUCAACAACAUUACCAAAUCAUUUGGAUCUAACAUCAACAGAUACAAAUGCACUGUUAGCAUUUACGGCCAAUGAGGAAGAAUUAAUUCAACUUAAACAACGAGUUAACGAAGCAGAGGUAAAACUUCAACAAUUGGAAUCAUCUUCAGUUGACAAACAAUUGAAAGAAGAACAUAAAAAAUUGGAAGCCGAAUUAAAAAAAGAAUACGAAACUUUAUCCUCAUUAACAGAACGAUAUAAUCAAUUUAUUGAAGUAUUCAAACUUUACAAUUGUCCAUUAAAAGACGAAACAACAAAUAACAUUAAACUUUCGUCAACAAUUCCAACAGAAACCGAAAGUUGUUCCGUUUGUAAACAAAAAGAUCAAUCGAAUCAAAUGAUCAAAUGUUGUCAAUGUCACUUGGCAUUUCAUGGCGACUGUUUAACACCGCCGAUGCCUGCGAAGACAUUAGCAUUGAUGUUAUCAGCAACGAAGAAAUACGAAUGGCAAUGUGCUUCGUGUGUCAAUGCACAACAAGAAGAACUCGAUCAACGUAAUGUGAAUGUAGAUGAACCACGUCAGAUACGACCGAGACGAACAAAUGAACUCGUCCUACGAGAAACAGUGAUUAAAUUUGGCUCAAGAAAACGAAAACAAGAUUCUGAGAAUAGUAAUGAACAGAUAACAGAGAGUAAAAAAACGAAAACGACAAGUCCAACGAUUGAUUCAACUGAUUCAAAACAAGAUGAAGAAAAAUCACCGACUAAUUUUACACCGGAACCAUCACCAAAACGAAUAUCAUCAUCACCAAAGAAAAGUUCAACAAAUUCCAAAUCACCACGAAUAUCAAUCAAAAAACCUUCGGUGUCGAAAUCUACCGAUUCUUCAAUAACACCAGUUCGUUCUCAAUCUCUUAUCGUUGACCGACGAACGCCAACAAUCUUCAAACAAAAAGCAGUGUCAUUAUCAAUAUCGAAGACGGAAAAGAAAAAACAAGAAAAUUCUAAUGGCACAAUUGAACUUCGUUCGACUGUUCCAAAUCCAACUCAGGAUGAAAAUGAAGAAGAUCAAAAGACAAAACCGAAAAAAUCCAAUCGACGUUCAGCUGUAACCGUAGAAAACAAUGUUCCAUCCGAUGCACUUUGUAAAGAAUGUUCAAACUCAGGAACAAACCAAGAUAUGACUGAUUGUGAUAAAUGCAAACAUUUUUAUCAUUUCGCAUGUUGUGUCCCUCCGAUAUCUUCUUUCCCGAAACGACGCAACUAUGGAUGGACAUGUCAUCAUUGCAAUGAAGAUAAUGAACAUGAGACAUCUAAUCUAAUUGCUCCUACUUCAACUUUAAAGAAUUCGCGACGAGAACGGAAAAGUCAGAAUCGAGCAAGUGAAAAAGAGAUCUCGGUUGAAGAUUAA